AUGGGAAUCGAAAAAGCUAAUCAUUUUAAAAUUAGAAAUAAAGAUAUUCGUUCAAAGAUUAAUAUUCAAAGAAAAAAGGAGAAAAUACAGCAAAAAAGGGAAAAAAGAAAAGUGCAAAAAGAACAAAACUUACCAAAACAAAUACCUGCAACUAUCGAAUCCAAAAGAGUUUUUGAUGAAACUAUUGAAAAACAGGUUGAAAAAGAUAAUGAGAGUAAAGAAUUUAGCUCUUACUAUGAGGAAGGUUUUGAGCCAAAAAUAUUGAUCACAUCAUCGCCAAAGCCUCAUAAAGACACAUAUAAAUUUAUCGAGUUUUUCAGUGAAUUAUUCAAUGAUAUAACGUUUACUAAAAGACAAUCCAAAUACUCCAUCAAAGAAAUGGCAAAAAUGUGUAUAAAACGAGAUUUCACUUAUUUAAUUGUUGUGAAUGAAGAUGAUAACAAAAAAAAAGUGAAUGGCAUAACCUUUAUCCAUUUACCUGAAGGACCUAGUUUUUAUUUUUCAUUGUCGUCAUUUGUUGAUGGUAAGAAAAUAUCAGGGCAUGGUAAUGCAACAAACCAUAUACCCGAAUUGAUUUUGAACAAUUUUCAAACAAACUUAGGAAAAAAAGUUGGAAGAUUAUUUCAAAGUUUGUUCCCUCAUACUCCAGAAUUUGAGGGCCGACAAGUUUUAACGUUACAUAACCAGCGAGAUUAUAUUUUUUUCAGACGACACAGAUAUUUAUUUAAGAAUGAAGAGAGAGUUGGAUUACAAGAGUUGGGGCCUCAAUUCACAUUAAGAUUGCGAAGAAUUCAAAAAGACAUUAAAGGUGACAUCGAAUGGGAAUUCAAGUCAAGUAUGGACAAAGACAAAAGAAAGUUUUAUCUAUAG